CCAAGAUGGCGGCAGCGGUGGCGCCUGGGAACCCGCGGCACCGUCCCGGCUGCUGAGGCGGGCCCCGCACGGCUGGUAACGGACGGGCCAGGCCGAGGACAGGCGAACGGGCGGCCGCCGCCUCUACGCGCCCCACGGCCGGGGCUAGGCCGUGCCGCGGCGGCGCUGGGGGAUGCUCGUGCUGGGCCGGGCCUCUCCCUCCUCAACUUAGGGCGGCGGCGGGCCCGCGCCCCUGGCUCCCAGGCCAUGGCGCUGAGGGAGCUCAAAGUGUGUCUGCUGGGGGAUACAGGUGUAGGUAAAUCAAGUAUUGUGUGGCGGUUCGUGGAAGACAGUUUUGAUCCGAAUAUCAACCCAACAAUAGGGGCAUCUUUUAUGACCAAGACUGUCCAGUACCAGAACGAGCUACAUAAAUUCCUAAUCUGGGAUACAGCUGGACAAGAACGAUUUCGUGCCUUAGCGCCAAUGUACUAUCGCGGCUCGGCUGCAGCUAUAAUUGUUUAUGAUAUCACAAAAGAAGAGACAUUUUCAACAUUAAAGAAUUGGGUAAAAGAGCUUCGACAGCACGGCCCACCCAAUAUUGUAGUUGCCAUUGCAGGAAAUAAGUGUGAUCUUAUCGAUGUAAGAGAGGUCAUGGAGAGAGAUGCUAAGGACUACGCCGACUCCAUCCAUGCAAUUUUUGUAGAGACCAGCGCAAAAAACGCGAUAAACAUAAACGAACUCUUUAUAGAAAUUAGUCGAAGAAUUCCAUCCACUGACGCCAACCCACCUUCCGGUGGAAAGGGCUUCAAACUCCGAAGACAGCCUUCGGAGCCGAAACGGAGCUGCUGCUGACCGAGCCUCGGCCUCCAGGCUCAGCGGUGAAGUAGGUGGUCCUGAAAGUGAGCGGGAGGGCUGGAGCCCUGUCGCCAGGGGUCGCCUCGCCGGUCUUGUAUCUUCUUUGGGCAACAAGGAGUCAGAGGAAUCGACCGAUUCUGUUUCCUCUUUGCAGACUGCAGCAAUAACAUUUCAGUCCGUGGACUUCUCUUCUGUAAAGAGUCUCUGGUGUACAAAGGGAUGACAUCAUAGGCUUUUGACCUUGCUGAGAGCGAGUGUAUAAUUGUAUGGAUGGUAGGUUUAAAUUGUUGAGUAGUUUUGUAAUCAAGAUUUUAUGUAACAUUUGUAAAGGGAAAAUUAGCACUUUUGUGGUCCUUAAGGGAAGAAAAAGACCUUGUGGAGAUUAUCGUUUCCUUGGUUUCCCAUUGAUACCAUUUGGUACCAAUGAUACCAUUUCCUUGGUGUCAUUUAGAAGGCGGUCAGUUAUCAUAAAUGGAGGGAUGGCAGUUAUUUGAAGCUAAAAUGGGUUAUUUAUAAGGGCUGAUGGAGAUGGUUUCACCCCUGCCGUCUCUAAAGCACUUUCCAUUGGGUACAUCAGCCCAGGACAUGCACAGUAAACUCACAGCAGCAGGUGCAUGCCUCACCCUGGGUUUGCAUCCUGACCCUGUCACGUGCGUGUCACCAGGCACAUUAUUGGCACCUUUUUAAGGAAGCUGUCACGAUCAAGGUGGUGGUGGUAGAGAAGCUGCCUGGAAUAAAUUGAAUUGCAGAUGAUUGAACUGACUAGCAGUGGUUUACAAAGAGAAGAAGAGAGAAAGUAAAGAAAGUGGUGUAAAUGCUGUCAAUUUUUUAUUUAACCGAGAUAUUUUGGUGGGGGAGACAAUGGUCUGUCGCUUAGCAUAUGUAAAGUUGUAGUCUAUAUUUACGAGAACAUUGCUUACAGAUUAUAAAUUAUGUAAAUACAUUAACAAAUUCAGUGUUUCAUUCAACACUCCAUUUACUCUUGCACUGUGCCCGCCCAUUUCGCAGCCUGUGCACAGGAGGCUCCUUGAAGCACGUUGACAUGGUGCAAAAGCUUAGAGCGCAUGGCUUGCGAUCGGUCAGGAUUUCUCUGCCUUCCCUCCCGCCACCCCCGCCCCUCCAGUCCCAUCUGGAAAUCAUGGUGAAGACGUGUGCCACUCUGACAAGCGUGACUAACCCUUCCUAGCUUGGGGGCAAAAGGUUAAGGUCCCGGAGCUCGGAGCUCUCGGCGUUUACCUACCUGGUCUUGGGGGUAAGUUUCUUUUAGCUUUUACGGCAACCUCGGGCCAACUGUUUUGAGAGAGCUUUCCUUGUUAACAAUUUAGCCUGUCUUUCUGUUUCCCUUGUUUUCCCCUGCCUCUGUUAGUGGUUAAUGCUUUUUUCCCUCAGGGAGCCUACUGAGGUUUUUAAUGUAAUCUAAAAAUAAAGCACUGAAGUGAAGUUGGUGAAAAUUUGUUCCUGGUCUAAUCUGGCACCCUUCCAACCUGAGUACUGUAAGGGAAGGAAAUGUACAAGAUUAAAUAGGAAAUGAAACAGUUUGAAUUUCAAACUAAAUUGUUCUUUCAGAGCUAUCCUUAAACCGAACAGUUGAAAGUUUUAAAAAUAAUGGUUAUUUCUUUGUGCCCCCCACUUGAUACGGUUAGAUUGUAAUGGGAAAAUUAUAACUCAGAUUAAGUAAAAAACGAUUCCCUUUCCCCUGGUGUAUGUCUUAAGCAUUUGGAAUUGCUUAUUCUCUUAUCGAAAUCAUACAGAAGGAACGGAGGUAGUGAAAAUUCUCAUGUUGUUUUGUUUAAAAUACGUGUGGACUCUGUGCUCCUGCAGCAUCUAGCUUCCUUCCCAGCUUGAGAUGAGCAAG